AUGACGACUACAGUUUUUCCUCUUCUUACAAUCCCUGCUUCUCCGGCUCCGCUACCUCUCUGCUCGACUUCAUUUCCCUGCCUUCGCCAUCCUCCUUCUCACAGCAACCACAAGCGCAUUCCAACGCUGACGGCCAACAGGAGAUCUCUGGACAUUAUUUCCAUAUACAAUUCCCCCUUCCGAUUCGUUAAGGAAUGGAGAAGCAGUGCCGAAACCUCCUCACACUUAACGCGUAACGGCUUCCUUUCACCCACCUACAAUCCACGACCUUUACCUGUGUUCUCUCUGCUCCCCCCUCUCUCUCUCUUUCUCUGCCUUCUCCUUCUUCUUCACAACUCUCUCUCUCUCUCUCUCUCUUUCUCUCUCUCUAUUUCACCGUUUUGCAAUAAUAACAUAAAAAUAAAAACUCUAAGAAUUCAGUCUUUUCUUACUCGUCUUUCCUUCCUUCCUCUUUGUCUCUCUUUUCCUCUCCUUUAUUACAUCUUUACCCCCCACACACACACCUUCAUCAUAUAA